AUCGUAGAUAGAUUUACUCGUUUCGAUUGGAAUAAGCAGUUGAUGAUAGAAUCGUGCAAAGGUCCAGUCCGGAAACCUAGAAACAAAAUCUCUGUCCAUCGUGUCCAAAAAGAAGUUAAAUAACACCGGAAGAAGAAAUCGGACGGGCGUCGUUUAAGUCCUUCCCUUUCUUGUUAAGUAUUUUUGAAUGUAAAAAGCUCUCGAUGAGAUAUAGAAUGAAUUCAUCAUUGAUAAGAGGCGAAUGACUGCUCAAGAAAGACAUUAGGGGUUAACACAAACUUUUUAAGGACAUUUGCAAGUGAGAUCAGAAUGAGUUCAUCUUCGAGUUUGAGACGAAAAUAGAACUCCAUAAGACCAAAAGCGUCUUCGAUAUUAUCGAACCGAAAAAAACAGAGACUAUCCAUCGCAAAUGGAAAGCCCUUUGGCUCUGAUUUUACCCAAAAUGGAGACAGUUUAUAUGAACCAGUCAGAAUCGAUUUUUUUCCAUCUUAAAGAGGUCGACCCUCUCGUAGAUAAAACCAUAUUUCUUUACCGUCGCCCGUAAUUCCAGUAUUAGUGAAUUUCGUAAAGGUUCAGAAUUUGUCGUACAAUAAUCUCUUCGAUAUGAAUGAUAAGCGUUCCAGAUACUAAUACUUGGAGUAAUAUCCCAUCCCCCUCCGUUUAGAAAAGUAAAUGUGUAACAUGAUCACAACAGUUGUACUUCAGUCGAAUAAGAUUGAAUUCCCUCGACACAAAAAGGAAUGUCGAUAUUAUUUUGAUUCCUUCGACUUAGGAAUUGACUUCUUGUCGAUUGAUUUUAUUCCUCGAUCCAUUUUCCCUUGGGCAUCUCACUUACCACUUUCAAAAGGAUUUUCAGUCCUUUGGUGAAGGAUUUGGAGUCCUUUGCUCUAACCAGCUGAGCUACCUGAACCACUUUGAAAUCUGUCUCCUUUCUUUAUGUAAUUUUGCCUGCGUUCAUAGGCUGCGGGGCUGUGCACUUCAGCCC